UUGACGGCGCAUCAGUCGGCCCAAGAUGGCCACGCUGGAUCAAUGAAACGCGAGUAAUCGUAGUGAAAACACAAAUUGACAAGUGUGCGGGCGAACAUCGCGGCCUGAUCGCGGUGUAAAUGGACCAUGGGCAAGGAUCAGGAGCUGCUCGAGGCAGCGAGGAGCGGCAACGUUACUGUGGUCGAGAAGAUCCUUGGUCAGCGAGCCAAAAGGAGUGGUCCACUGGCAAGUCUACGGCGGGGACCAGGAGCUAAUGUGCAAGACGCCAGUGGCUACUCGGCCCUUCAUCAUGCAGCUUUGAACGGGCACAGAGACGUGGUCAGAUUACUGCUCCAAUACGAGGCUUCCACCAAUGUCGUCGACGCUAAGGGUUCCUCGCCGCUUCAUUUGGCCGCUUGGGCGGGGGAUGCGGAAAUUGUACGAUUAAUUCUCAGCCAGGGCCCGUCGGUGCCGAAAGUGAAUCUUGCGACAAAGGAUAACGAAACUGCACUGCAUUGUGCGGCGCAGUAUGGGCAUACGGAAGUGGUGGCACAGCUGUUGCACUACGGAUGCGACCCUAGUAUCCGCAACAGCCGCGGAGAAUCUGCGCUCGACCUCGCCGCACAAUAUGGCAGGUUGGAAACUGUGGAGUUACUCGUGCGAACGCAUCCUGAAUUAAUCGAGCCGCUUCGUAAUUCUUCCUCGUCUCUGAUCUUCCCGCAUACACCUUUGCAUUUAGCUUCACGCAAUGGGCACAGAGCGGUCGUGGAGGUUCUCCUUGCCGCUGGAGUUGACGUCAAUACGAGAACGUCAGCGGGCACCGCGAUGCACGAGGCUGCGCUCUGCGGCAAGAUGGAAGUGGUACGGGCGCUUUUAGAUCGCGGAGUGGAUUUGGGCAUUAGGGAUUCCCGGCAGAACACGGUGCUUGAUCUUCUGGGACAGUUUCCGCCGCACGUCACUCAAGAUAUCACGGCGGUGAUAAAAAGGCAUCGGUCUUCCUCCGGUGUGGAGAGCGACGCUGACAGCGAGAACUUGCCGCCGAUUCCGGUGCAGGGUGGCGACUCAUUGGGCAGCCCCUACGAAAAUGUUCGCCCGGGAGAUGAUCUCUCCCCCGCGGAGGGGACGUCGCCUACUCAGUGGCAGUUCUAUCAUAAGCCUCGGGACGACGAUCGUCGCGUUUCCGGCACUUCCGUCAUGUCCUUCGAAGACGAGCAGAACGGGGAGCCAGUGAACGGAGUACGGAGGGCCCUCCAGCAGACAGAGGACUCCGACCCCAGUUCCGUCUUCGACAGCGUCUUUAUGUCCCUAUCCGACACUCUCAACUCUAUAAAUACUCUCGAAAGUUCCGACCAAACUCCUGAAGAUAUACCACAAAACACUACCAAAAGAACACCAUUACCACCCGACACUACACGGGGAUCCGAUAGCGGACUGUAUCAAACUCCACCGGUGCCACGCGGCACAAUGGAGGGUAGCUUCGUGUCGGAGGACUUGUCCUUGACAUUGCCCACGGGAUACGGGGGUGGCAGAGAGUCCGACCAAUUGAGCGUGUCCUCAUCCUCGAGCGUCGGCGGACCAAGCCCACGGGACCGUCGUUGUUUGCCCAACGAUUCCAGCGCUGCCGGGAUUUACUUGCCGAUGGCACCCUUGUCUAGUUCGCUGCACAGCCCCGCUUCCAACAGUAAAGUCUCGCCGACACCACCUAAGAAGCCACCCAGACGAAAUCUGUCAGUGUCCCCGACGCACCUGCAGACGCAGAUGUCCUUGUCCGCCGACAGUUCGGUGGGACCGAGCAACUACGAGUACUUGUUCUUGGCGCGCAGCGGUGCGCGCAGUCACAUUGAUCUCGAGCAGCUUCAGAAACGGCGCGAUCAGCUGCGCCACGUCACCAGAAGCGUGGACCAAUACGUGGAGAUGAAGUCGCGGCUGGUCGGUACCGAUGAUAAACGCGAGUCCAACGUGGAGCCGGUGGCCAUCACGUCCAUCUACGAGAACCGGCCGGUGAAGAUGCUGAAUCCACGCAGGAAGUUACGCAGGCACGCAUACGAGAGCUACGAACCGGAAAGCAGCUCGUGCGCUGACAAAUCGCCCUGCAGUGACGGCGACGCGGUGAUCCAGGAGCAGACGUUCGUGUCGAACGCCUUCCUCACCCUCAAGUCUUCCCAAGAGAGUCUUCUCGACGAGAAGCGCGAAGUGAUCGACGAGCAACCCGCUUUGGAGAAUCGUGAGGCCACCGACAAGCGUUUGAAACGCGUGCAGAUGUUGCUGCCGACCAGUCCUACGCAUUACGUUCAACCACCCACGCCUGAUCAUCCGCCACCAUCAGCCAUGCAAGCGGAGAAGUCUAUCCACGAGCGCAUUCGUCCGCUCAGUCAGGUGUACAAACGAAGGUCCCGCGACAUGGAAACGGAAACAGACGAGGAUCUACUGCAGUUUCCCGCCGGUGGAUCGUUGGACGCGUCCAGCGGCUCGCUCUCCAGCGUGUCCCUCUCCGACAAGAGCAUGUCCACGGACAACGUCGAGGAAUACUUCGGCGACGUGCCCUUCGCAGGUUUGUUAAAGGGUUCCGUCACGGCUGAACGGCCGCGUACUUUGCGCCGCUUGCGGAACGUCUACGAUCAGACCGCAUGCGGGAUGGGGACCGGUGGCGGCGGAGGCGGCGGCGACGGCGGAGAUCGUCUCGAGGACGGCGAGGUCGCCUUUCGGCUUUCCGACCGGGAUCGCGACAGGGACGAGAAGUCCCUCAGCAUAAUGAGUCCCUUCGACGAGCAGGAGGAGUGGGCGAAGAUCUCGGAGAUCAUGGCGUCGUUCGGAACCGGCCUCGUGCGAGAGUCGGUGUUCGUCAGUGAGCUCGAGAAAGAAUUCCAAACGAGGCUAGGUUUGAGUUCAGACACUAGCAGCAGCCCCAUCGUUUCCACAUCUGUGGGUCAGUGGCUGUCCAGCUUAGGCUUGGCGGACUACGAGUCGCUCUUUAUCAACUAUGGCUUCGACGAUCUCGAGUUCAUAAACGGCGUGUUGGACGAGUCAGACCUGCGCGACAUGGGCAUCACCAGCGAUCAGGAACGGGCGGUGAUCGCGGACGCGGUUGGAUUGUUGAACAAACGAGUGGAAAAGCGUAGCGGCGGUCAUGGCCAAUCGGUGGAGGAGUGGCUCAAGAGCAUUCACCUGGAAAAUUACGCGGAGACGUUCAGGAAGCAUCUGUACACUGACAUGGAUCGGGUCAGACGGGUCUGGGAGGUCGAGCUGGCGGCAGUCCUAGAGAUCCAGAAACCGGCGCAUCGCAAACGCAUCCUCGCUUCUGUCAGCGGUCCGAACGCGCGCGCGCAAACACGAAACGGCACCGGACCUAACUUGGAGGACUUGAAUAAGGACCUUAACACAUUGAAGACGAACAUACAGCAGCUGAAGGAGGAGAUACAGGAGAAAUUGCCGGAAGCAACGGCGGACGGUAACGGAGGCACGUCGAUAACCGGAACGAAUUCGACGACCACAGGCACAUUAAGGCACCGCAAAAACAGACCGGCGCCCCAGCCACCCCAGCGACCCAGUUCGCAUAAUGGGGCGAUCUCGGCGCCGGAGCAACUCGAGAUCAGGGCUCCGUCUGAGCUGCUCUUCGGGGUGCCAUCCACCCUCAAGACGCAAUGGAGGCACCAGCCGAAGACUCUAGUCACCGGCUGCGUCACGUAUGUCGCUCACUACCUGGGCUCCACCGUCGUCAAGGAAUUACGCGGCACCGAGUCGACGAAAAAGUCGAUACAGAAGCUGAAGAAGACCAUCCGAGAGCCCAAGCCCAACCCUGACAUUACUCUGGCGAUCUCUUAUCGUGGCGUUCGUUUUCUCCACGCGCUGACUAACGAGCCGAUUUGCGAGCACGAGAUCCGCAACAUUCAUUGUGCCUGCCAAGACGCCGACGAUCUCACUCACUUCGCGUACAUUACGAAGGAUCACGCCAGUCGCACGCACUUCUGUCACGUGUUUUGCGUGCCAACAAUGGAUCAAGCGACAGAAGUCAUCCUGACUCUGGGUCAGGCUUUCGAGGUGGCUUAUCAGAUGGCACUGAGGGACAAACUCGGCGGCCAUGCAAUUCGUUCUCAGUCCGCUAAUCAACUAACAACGCUCACCGGAUCGUCCAAGUCGACGACGACGACGAUGACGACGGCAACGACUACGACGACGUCGACGACGACGACGUCCGGCAAGAUGUCCGUGUCUCCCGAUUCCGAUCCCAGCCGGGACACGGAUCAUACCUCGUCUCUCAAUUCCACGGCGUGCGCGAAUCCCAAGGCGAAAUCGCGAUCGAAGUCCAUACCCAAUCCGAAUCUCCAUUCCGUUAAUCCGAGUCCGGCACAGGACAGUAACUCCAACUCCAGUUCCAGCUCGACGACCACCGCGAACUGCAAUCCCAGCUCGAAUUCCGCCUCGAGCCCCAGCACGAACUCGAUCACCAGCACCAACUCGAACAGCACCACUAAUCAGACCACUAAGCCCUUGGUCACCCACGGCCGUUCUCAUUCCGUCAACGACAUCAAGGUAAACGGUAAUCAAUUGAAGUUAGCACCGGCGCCGGUGGACGACAUCGGUAUCGGGGUGAAGGACAUGAAGCCCGGCUCCAGAGCCCCGAUCGCUCUGUCCGAGGAGCUGUAAGCUGCGCGUCUCCGCUUGAAAUGCAUGAAAUUGCGACGUAUAAUCGCGUACUGCACGAUCGGACGCGUCAAACGUGACGCCUUCGCAGAGAUCUUCUACUUCCCGCAUUUUGUGUACUUCCUACUCGAGAUGGAAUUGCGAUCCUUUCGACCUUUCAAUUUCGCUUGCAAGGCGUCCAUCUGUGGACGCAACGCUCGCAUUUUUUCGUUACUCGUGCGAAAUUUGCGCGAACAAUCCUCGCGAUUGUGAGAUCGGUCACGGAAACAUGGACGAUAUUUUCUCGGUCGACCAGUGCUCAGAGGCAAGGAGAAUAAUCAAAAUCACACGACCGGACACUGCUAAUAGUACAGUUCCUUGACGUGCAGGAAGGAAUGAAUCUUUUUUUAUCUAUUUUUAUCCAUUUUGUCGAUUACAUACUAUAUAUCGGUGACAUGUGCGUAACUACCGUAGAGCGUAUACUCACACAUAUUUCAGCAGUAAAAGGCGAGACAUGUAAUCCGCCUGUUGCGAAUGAUUUAACGAAUGACCGCGUACGGCCUCGAGGACGACGGAAGGUAAGUAGUCCUGUCGCUUCUCGUCGAAGGUCCUGCGUGUUUCAGGUCGAUCUUCGAGCUGACACUCGACUGAUUUCGCGACGUGUUGACAUUGUGAUCCGCACGAACCACGCCACGCUCAAAGUGCGUGUAUCGGCCAAGGUGAUAUAUAUAUAUAUAUAUAUAUAUAUAUAUAUAUAUAUAUAUAUAUAUAUAUCGAGAGGCAACUAAUAGAUCGUUCGCCGCGCACGCUUCCGGUGAAUGGCGGAACGCGUGUUAAAUCUUUCUUCCUCGCGCGAUGCGUCGUCCAAGUAAGCAGUAUUACCGCGUCAUUUUAAUAGCAACAGCAGCAGGAGUAAGUGCACGCACGCGAGGAACGCGGAACACGCUCGGCACGAUAUAAUCUAGCGAGGCGUGAAAUCGCCGUGAUAACGCUGCAUGUCCGAUUCUCAAACGCGGAGCUGUAAUCCUUCGCGGACAGGGUCGGUCGGUUCUCGCAUUCGUUUGUUCGUUCGUUCGUUCGUUAUUCGACGUAGAGAGACCGGUCGUCUCUUUUAUUUCUCAUGAGAAUGUUAAUCGCGGGACACGCGUUGAUAUUCACCUCCGAUAUUCACGGGCCAAGGAGGAGGCGCGAAAGAAAGGAAAGGGUGCGACGCGCUGUGAAGAGCGCUGGAGAUGCUCAAGAUCGAUCCCUCGCAAACGAUAUCGGCGACCAACGAACUCGUAACGUUUCUCCCCGCGCUCGCGUCCACCGAAUUCCGUCAAGUUCCGAUUUCGCGUCGCCGCCGUUACUUCGACGUUUUAUUCUUCAAGACUGAGGGACUUUAUCUCGUUUUGUAUUUCGCGUUUUUAGUGUAUAAUGUAUAUUAUAUGUAGGGGGGAGGGGGAAAAAGGAGAGACAAGUGGUCUCCUUUAGGCGAAAAAAGUGGAGGACUUUAAUGGUAUAUUUACUCGCGGCGAAGAGAGCUCGCGGACGCAGCGGAAGCGUGGCAUACCGGACACCCAUCGAGCUUUUCGUACUCGCUAUGUACUCGUGCUGCUGGUGAGAAACGAGGCUCAUGAGGAGAACACUUGCCGCGGACACGCGACGAUCGAUCGCACCGAUUCGGAGUGUCGGUCGCACACACCGGAUCUAAUUAGCGAAGAAAGCGCGGUCAACUAAUCUUUCCUUCUCUAUUUGUAUGAUGUAACUAGCGAUGUACGAGCUGGAGCGAAGGGACAGAGAAAGCGGUGGGUGUAAUUGUAUCGGUUGAGCCGAGUCUGUCGUUUCACAAACGCGAGUCCGACGUGUCGGCCGAGAAUCGUGACGUCACGUGACGUCAGCGAGCCGUCUGUUAACGCGCGAACGCACACAUUGUUCCGUUUUCGUACGACGUUGCGGGCCUAAAAACCUGGGUUGGAUAUCCUCGCGAUACCACCCUGCUUAACGAUACAUCUGAUGGCGAUCUCGUGCGAUCGACGACAGUAUAACGAAGAGAAGCGAAACGAAACCGCGUAGAUUUAGUGUGACAAGCCCUCUUUGUACAUUUGUUUUUCUCGUCUGGAAACCAAAGAAGUAUAAAUACAAAUGUAUAAACAUGCGAACACGUACGUACAUAUUCACACAUAUACACACACAUACACACACUUAUGUGAAGUUCCCUUCACGCGGGGAGACGGAAAAUCAAACGGAGCUUAAAGACGAUCGUCGCGGAGGAGGAGGGCAAGGAUGAACGACAAACUGCCAAAACGAUACACCACGGAUCACCUCGGUAGCUAUAUACGCACACUUUGUAUUUAUCAUGUUUACAACGUAGCUCAUUAUUAUCACAAGAUUAACCAGACUAAGAUUGUCUGGGGAUUCAGCCGUGGGCUUCAACGGCGGCGUUUUCCUUCUUCGCGAGACAUUACCUAAGUAUUCCACGCAUUCUAUGUACUCAUGUAGCAGCUAUGUUUAGUCAGUAGUAUUGGUAGGGAGCAUGUUCUAUCGAUGUGUGUCGACAUUUAAUGAUAUGAUACAUAUAAGAAACGAGGAGGAGGAGAAGAAGGAGGAAGAGCAGGUACGUAGUCGUAGAAGUUUAGUCACUGAUGAUCGCGUGAUGACCUUUUUCGUCCACGGCGAACGGACCCCACCGAGAAAGUGGGAGAUCAAGUCGAUGUGUGUUCGCGUUUACGAGUCAACGCGAUGGAAAACGCGGUUGCAUUCGAAAAUAGUACAGUGCCAACGCGCGAGCUAUCGCGUGUACGCGCUCGAUGCCCGCUCGAUUCGAAAUCUCACCUCUUUGUCUUGCGCGAGAGUAUUUUGCAGAACGAAACGCGUGAUUUCCCUCUCGCAUUUGUCGACACGACUCUCGUGUGUUGACUGGCGCGCGUUCUCGAUGAUCACCGAUAUCCCACGCGAUGAGUCGCCGCGCUCUACGUACAUAGAAGAGAGGUGAGAGAUAUUGAUAAGAAUGCAUAAAGAAAAGGCCAUAUCAGCGGCGUGAACCACCUAAUGCUUGGAUACGUUGCGCGGCGCGACUUUUCCAACCAGCAGUCCUUUUAUAAACCUCGCCUCCAUCCUUUCAUCAUGCAUCGCGUCGUCACGCUGAUUUAUUGGACAGACAAACCCGAGACAUCGAGGUCGAGACAUCGACUCCUCGCGGUAUUAUCGCGCGCGCGCAAUGGCUUUUCGAAAGAUGUCACACGUAAAUCGCACAAAACAGAAGAUUGAUUCUCGGACCAAGCAAGAACGCGGAAACAUUUUGCUCGUUCCGGACGUUUAUCGUUGGGAUAUUCGGGCGCGGUGUGUCACACUGCGCUUCUUCCCUGUAUUUUUUUUCUUCGCGAAGGUAUGAAAUUUAACUGUGUGUCCAGUUGGUACCGAUAGCGGUGUCAGAUUUGUGCUCUGUCGAUAUCAUAUACGAUUUUUAGAGUACGUAUAUACAUAUAUAUUUGUACAUAUAUAUAUACACAUACACAUAUACAGACAUACACGUAGAAAUUACACGGACCACCGCGAAUCAGUUUCUCUUGUUAAUACCAAAGAGAUUGUGGGUGAUUUCUUCUUGUCAUUGUGAUUUGUACAUUCGACAUUCGGUUAUCGUAGAGUAGCGAGAUUGUUCUUUUUAUAAACACGAUUUGUCGUUUUCACAUGGCGACUUAUACACGACCUGUACGAAUUCUCGUCGUGCAUGAUUCCAAAGGGCUCAAAACACAGCGCAAUUAUUAUCAGCAGCGCCAUUUUUCAAGCUCACGCCUGCUAAUUUUAUGUGGCGCCGUGUGUAAUUGCAUAAUCGAAUGCAUUUAUCGCGUGCACGUCAAUCCUAUAAACGCGAGAGUUUCGUUUGCUUUACGCCAAUCAAAUUUGCAUAGCAAAUGCGUUUUGACGCGUCGUCGAUUAACUCGACAAAGGUCCCCGCUACACACACAGUGCAAUUCGCUAAAGUACAUUUAUAUUUCCUUGAAUAGAGGUUUAUAGGUUCAUAGAUGAUAUCCGCAUAGAUGAUAGAUAGAGCGAUAUUUUUUAAACUGUCGCAACAUGACACAUCGUAAUUUAUGGAUUCAUUUCUGUAUAUUUCUUUCUUCUUUUUUUUUGUUAUUAUCCACCGAACGUUGAGACAAUAAAAUAUGAUGUUUUGUUA